GAUUAAUGAAGUUGUGAAUUUAUUAUUUCCGCAGUAUCCGCAGUCCGCUAUACGACAUACGUAAUACGUACCGUAAUCGCAUUCCGGUUUUUGAAUUGAGUUCGAUCACUUGCUCUGUGGUUCGAUCAUGUAGGUAGCUACAAUGUCAAAGUGUUAACAAUAGUACAAAAAUAUUUAUUUAUAAUUCACUCGAAUAUAAACAUUAACAUUAACUUAAAUCUAAAAGAUUUCAUGCUUUUUAAAUUAUUGUCGGUAAAUAUUGUGAAUGUAAGUAGAUUUUUAAAUUUAAAAGUGGGUAACUAUGUCGCGCCAAGUGGACGUGAAUAUUAACAAAUUACUCGAUGGAUUAGGCCUCGAUGGAGAUGAAAAUGAUUUUUGCGAUUUUACUAUAGCCGACCAGAACUCUGUUGCUGAAUCUCAAGGCAUAACGCCAACGACUCCUUCUAAUUUUAAACCUGUACUCGGCAGUAAUGUAACUUAUGUCGUAGCCUGUGUGAUAUUGAAUGAAAACAAUGAGAUUUUAAUGAUGCAAGAGGCUAAAGAAAGUUGUGCCGGUAAGUGGUAUCUUCCUGCGGGUCGAAUGGAAAAAGACGAAACAAUUGUUCAAGCUGCAGCAAGAGAGGUACUCGAGGAAACUGGACUGUACUGCAAACCAGAAACUUUACUAGUCGUGGAAACCGCAGGCGGAACUUGGUACAGAUUUGUUUUAACGGGAAAAGUGACUGGUGGCGAACUCAAAACCACAGCAAAAGCUGAUAAGGAAUCUUUACAAGCAAAAUGGAUUUCGAAUUUAGAUGAGAUAACUUUACGAGCAAAUGACGUUUUGCAUUUAAUUGAGCGAGCUAAAAUGUACAAACAGAACUGUCCUGGUGAAACCUGGCAUAAAAACAUUCUACCGGCACCAACUCCACACACAAAAGAUCUAUUGCGACUUAUCGUCCUAAUAAAAAAACGAAGUACAAACAGAUUGCAUGUUUUAUUGAGUGAGAAAAGUUCUAUACAUUUUCCUACAUGUGAAAUAAACCCAGCUAAGAGUGUACAUUCCACAUUGAGAAGGUUUAUGGUUGAAAUGUUUGGGGCUGAUGUUGCACAGCACAGACCAUUGGGCCUCUUUAAUGUGGAAGCCGAUCCUUCAGCUCAUGGUUGCUGUCUCUCGCUACUUGUAGUGUUCAGACCUCCACUUGAGGAAGUGCCAUUAAUUGGUAAAUGUGCUUGGCAUGAGCUGUCACAAGAAGUUGAAAGGAAUCUCUUACCUGUUGUGUCGAGAAAAAAUUCUACUAUUGAAUUGCAUGUGGUACGUUAAAAUGACACAAAUACUUGUACCAUAUGAAUUUCAAAUACUCAUUUACUGCUGGCUCUCUAUGAAGAGUAUAAACAAUUGCUAUAUAUGUAUAGUUGAAACAUUUGUUUCCAAAAAAGAUGGUUAUUUAUAUUUUUCUAUUUUUACCUAAUGUAACUAUAUGUAUUUAUUUUUCUUUUUAUUUAUUACUUCAUGGAUCUGAAAUCGGAAUAUUGUGUCAGCUACAAGCAAGCUUAUUUUUACUUGAAAGUUUUGAAUUUAAAGUAUAAUUGCCCAUAAUAUAUCUUUUUAUUCAAUAAUCAUAUUAUAAUAAUCUAAGAAGUUUAACAAAACAAUUAACAUAUUAUAAGAAAAACGGGUGAAUGGGGACAAUAUUUAAAGUUCUAACCUACUAACAAAAUUGUUGCUUGCCAGAAAAUUAAUCACUUUUAGUAGAAUUAAUUUUGUUAUAUUGCAAGCAAACUAAAUCACAAUAGCAAAAAUUUUAGUAAAAUUCAAAUAUUGUAAAAAUAAAUAUUUCUGGUGGGUACUUACCCUAACGCUUUUCUGAUAAUAAUUAAUAAUGCAAUCAAAGAGACCAAAAAAGAUGGGUUUAAGUAAUAUUAUUUUAAAUUUUUAGCCAUGAUAUAUAGAUAUAUAUGUAUAUUCAAUAAGGACAAAAUCAGUAUUAAAUUAACAUUCCAUUGAGGAUAAGUAUUGUCCAAAAACUGUAUGCUCAUUGUUUGGUAAAACGUAAAACAUAUUGUAUUUUUUUAUUUAUCAAAAAAGCAGCUACUUAAAGUAUACACAUAGGUAAAAUGUCUUCAUAUGUGAGCAUAAGAGCUAGCGCGCAAAAGCAACUUUUGUCUCUGCCAUCAACUCUAUGGGGAGUUGCUGGGAGUUGCGUCGUC